AUGGACAGGCUUAUCUCUUCGCCGCUCCACCUCACCCGCGCGCCCGCCUCCUGGCCCCGCGCCGCCGGCCACCACCACCUCCUCCCCGCCACCGCUGCGCCAAGGUCCUUCUCGCCCCACCGCGGCGCCGUCGGCCUCAGGCUGCCCCAUCUCGCGCCGCUCCUCCACAGGCCGCCUCCGUCGUCCGUCCUCGCCGCGGCCUCCGCCUCCCGUUCCGUCAAUCCCGCGCCGCUGGAGCAAGAUGACGAGACCGCCGCCGCUGCUGUGGCUCCGUCCGCUGGACUGCGCCGCUUCUUCCAGAAGGUUGCAUCGGCCGCGGUUGUCGCCUUGUUAGCGGCGCUGGUUGUGGCGGCAAUCCAGCCGUCGUCCAUGGUGCCGACGGCGCUGGCCUCGGCGCUGCACAGCCACUCCCACUCCCCGGCCGUCACGGCGGGCCGGAGCAUCUUCAAGUCGGAGUUCCUCGGCAGCGCGUGGACGGGGUUCCUGGCCGGCUGCCUGCACACGCUCUCGGGCCCGGACCACCUCGCCGCGCUGGCGCCGCUCUCCAUCGGGCGGUCGCCGGUGGAGAGCGCGGCGGUGGGCGCGCUCUGGGGCUGCGGCCACGACGCCGGCCAGGUCAUGUUCGGCCUCCUCUUCCUCGGCCUCAAGGACCGCCUCCACAUAGAGAUCCUCCGCACCUGGGGCACCCGCGUCGUCGGCCUCACCCUCAUGGUCAUCGGCGCCAUCGGCAUCCGCGAGGCCACCCAGGCCGCGCCCUGCGUCGCCGCCGCGCUCGACGGCGGCGCGCACCAGCACGGCGGGAACUCGCUCGAGAAGGCGCUGAUGAGCGGCGGCGGCAAGAAGAAGGAGAUCAGCUUCGCCACGUUCGCCACGGGGAUCGUGCACGGGCUGCAGCCCGACGCGCUCAUGAUCAUCCUGCCGGCGCUGGCCAUGCCGUCGCGGGCCGCGGGGGCGGCCUUCCUCGGCAUGUUCCUCGUCGGCACCGUCAUGUCCAUGGCCAGCUACACCGUGCUCAUCGGGACCUGCACGGAGGCGCUCAGGGAGAGGGUGCCACGGAUCACGGAGAAGCUCACCUGGGCCGCCUCGCUCGUCGCCAUCUCCAUGGGGAUCGCCAUCAUCGUCAGCGAGUCCUUCGGAGUGAGCCUAUACUGAUCAUGCAUCAUUCUGGUCCAACGAAUGAGAAUUUUGUUACGCCACAUCCUUCUUCUUGACAUCUACCAUGCAGCUACUAGGAUCUAGUUCACGAAUUAAGCAAGAAAAUCUUAUGUUAGAAUUUGUUUUGGCUGCUGUUGAGAUGAGUGCCAAUUUGCUGCAACUGCUGUUAUCAUCGAUCUGGAUGUACUACUACAAACUUUACUGAGCAGUUGGUCGGAAGCAAUUCAGGAAAUGUCCCGUUUCCUCUUGUCAUGUACUGAAAUGUUUGCUGAUUAAUUGGUGCUUUUGUACUGUGAUGAUGAUGAGUUUUUUCA